AUGGUGGUUGGAUCGAUGCCGCCGCCGACGGCGCCAGAAAACAAAGACGAACUCCGAAUCGAAGCACGGCGCCAGCGGGAGAUUGAGCGCACCAAGAAGCUCGGACCUGGUCGUCUUCGGAACAUUGGGGCGGACAUUGCAGGGGUGAAGAACCAAAUCGAGGAACACCAGCUUCAGGACGCAGCGGAUCGCGAAGCCAAGCGGGCAAGCGAGGAAGAAGAUGCAGCGAUCCGACGCUACUUGCUUCAAGUUGAGUCCGAAGACGCACUCGCAAAGCGGCGUGAGCUUCUGACACUGCGCAACGACUGGGACCAGCAGUCUGCCGAAUUACGAGAGGGUCGCGCGCGAUACGCUGCCUUUCGCGCCUUGGGCAUCGACCCUGAUAGCUGCGCCCCGGGGGCUGCCCAGAAGUUUGAAGGCGAGGAUGCUGCUCGCCUGGAACGUAUACGGCUGCAGGCGAUGCAGAUGAAGCAGUGGUCGAUCCAGAAGAUGGCCGAAGAGGCUCAGCGCAACGCCCACGAGAGCGAAGCAUUGGCUUCAUACAUGGCGCAGUUGUUUGAGAUCGAGAGGCUCAUGGAGGAGCUGCACCAGGGGAACGAGCGCGAACGAGCAGCAGCGUCAGAGGAGAUCAGUCGAUUCAACCAGCGUCUCUCAGCUCAGCAACGCCAGGACGAGAGUGACCGGCGUCGACAUGAGCAGGAGGAGAACGCUCGCGAAAUUCAGCUCACUCUGCAGAGCAACCUGGUGAGCGAGAACCCACUGCAAGCUGCGCUGCCCGGAACGUCGUUCGACCAUCGAGUUCGCGUAGACCACUGGAAAGGGUUCUCGGGCGAGCAGACCAAGUAUUACCUCCGUCGAAAUGACGAGAUCCUGGACGAAAAGGCUCGUCGCAGGCAGCAGGAGCGCGAGCAAGCGGAGGAGGACGCCAGGAACCAGCGGGAACUCCACCGCACACUCGCGCAUGAAGAGUAUCUGGCUCAGCAACGACGAGCGCAGAUGGAGAUGGAUAUGCGCACCACUCGUGAGCAGCAGGCCCAGCAAGCAGCAGAGCGCGAGAAGGCAAACGCCGACCGAGCACGCGGCAAGAUCGAGCCGGGCUUCUUCCAGAACUUCGGUCGAUCAUACCGCUGA